AUGAUUUCGAAUGCGGUCUCUGGACGGCUGUACAGCCUCGUUAAGGGGCUCGCGAAGGUGUACCUUGAUAUUCAGACGGUAGGCGUAGCUCGGGAGAUGCUGCUGGCUGACUCAAUCUCGGGCGCCGCAGAGGUCUUCAUCGGUGCUGCCUCCACCGGUGGCAAGGCACUUUGGAUGGACCUCCUCAUUCUGCUUGGCGCGCUUAUCAUCAUCGUCGUUAUGACGAGCUGCCUCGUGCGCUUCUCCUGGCGACUGUGCAUCAGCAUUCUGAUGAAAACCUACACCACUGAGAAGAUCCGCGCCAACAGAAAGGAUUCCCAAAUCCAGAUAGAGCGGGAACAGGCAGAGCGCAAGCUGCGGGGGUACAACGGCGAGGAAGAGGCCUUCGUGCUGACCGAGCAGGAUCCGCAGGUAAUAUCGACGCUGCUGCCGAAGAUGCGCAAGGGGCAGGAGCGUGGAACAGCCAAUAGCGGUGGAAAGAGCAAGCAAGAAGCCGCAGGCAAAUUGAAGGAGUCGGCUAUCGCAGCACCACCACAGCAUCAGCAGCAAGAGGCGGGGUUCACCGCCACGUCUCGCCGCACACCGCAGGACGCGCGCGCUGCACCAAAGUCCAUCCUCCGCGGCUUUCCGGAGGUGGACUUCAUGCUCACCUCUCCCGGGCAGAGGUACCUACUGAUUGGGUGUCGCAGCAAGCGCAAGACGUCCCUGUACCCGCAGAGCGAUGCCACCGCGUUCAUGGAGCGUGGUAAGGAGCUGCAGGAAAAGUACUUCACCGAUGUGAACGCGGUGGUCACCACAGCGGUCGGACUAGAGCAGAAGGCGGAAAUUUACGCCGCACAGUUCUCCGUCGACGACACGCGCCUCGUCGCGGGUGAACGCUUCACAGACAAGUUUGUCUGCUUCUCGGUGUCGGGUCGAACCAGCGUGAGCCUGACGCAUCUGUGGUCGAUGAAGCUGCCAGACCACCGCCUCGUUUCCUCAGUGCCACAGUGGAGCGUACUCGGGCAGGACAGCAUUUUGAGCAUUAUGGAUCGGUCAACAGAGGUGGAGGUUAUUACUCGGAGUGCGGAGAAGACGUCGACAGUCCACAAGGACAAGUUCAAAGUGGGCAGCGCACUCGCCUGGGCAGUGUGCGACGAUCGCGUUGCGCUCGGCGGCUCCUUUCUGCGUGAGCCGCGGCUCUCGCGUGUGGUGCAGCGUGCUGGCGGUGGCGGCAUUACCCUCGAGUCGGUCGCGGUGUUCCCCAACGCGGAAAAGCUGCGUGUGUUGGCGCUGGCCUUCGUGACCCCAGGCACCCCCGAAUUCAACACCCGCAGCUACAUGAUUGUAUUUCUGGAGAACGGCAUCGGUACCAUCUACGAUGUGCAAACCUUGUCAACGCAGAACACGCCGCAGACGGUGUGCUCGUUUUCUGACACGGACUACGCCGGUCACCUAAGGGAUGCGCCGCUGUGCAUUCUUACGGCUCUGCGCGGGCAGGCGUACCACGAGGUGCUGCGCAUCGCACUACUCCGAGGCCCAAGCGUGACGGUCUACGAGCAGGCUGGCAAGGCGGACAGCGGCAACUUUCAGAUGGUGCGCGUCGCGGACAUGUACGACGUGCAGGAGGGUGACCCUGUGAAGCACGCCGUGUUUCUGCAAAACGGCCUCGGCCUGGCCACUAGUGGGUAUGCAGACGGACGCCAUGUUCGCCUGUUUGCGCUACCGUCUCCCAUGGAGACAUCCUAA